GCCGCCCUCAGUCUCGCAGCUUCUUCCGGGAGCGCGCACUGGAGGUGGAGGCCAUGGAGGCCGAACCUCCUCCGGUUGAGGAGCGCCGGCGGCUGCGGGAGGAGUUGAGCGAGUUCGUGGAGAGCUGCCGCCGGACGCUGGAGGAGGUGACGGCGUCGCUGGGCUGGAGCCUGGACCGGCUGGAGCCCGGGGAGGAGGCGGCGGCGGCCGAGGAUGAAGUUGCGAUAUGCCCUUACGAUUCCAAUCACCACAUGCCUAAAUCGUCUUUAGCAAAGCAUAUGGUGUCUUGUAGAUUGAGGAAGCUGGGCUAUACCAAAGAGGAAGAGGAUAAAAUGUAUAAUUCUGACUUUUUCUAUGAGAAUGCGAAUGUACCUUCAAUUACUUUGAAUAAGGACUCACAAUUCCAGAUAAUUAAACAAGCUAGAGCUGCAGUUGGAAACGAUGGUGAUUAUUAUAAUCAAAGGGUGUAUUCUUCAUUGCCUGUUGAAGUUCCUCUGAAUCACAAACGGUUUGUUUGUGAUCUCACUCAAGCCGAUCGUCUUGCCCUCUAUGAUUUUGUAGUCGAGGAAACAAAGAAAAAACGCUCAGAUUCUCAAAUUAUCGAAAAUGACAGCGAUCUCUUUGUAGACUUGGCGGCCAAAGUCAAUCAAGAUAAUAGUCGAAAAAGUCCAAAAUCUUACCUUGAAAUCCUGGCAGAAGUGAGAGAUUACAAAAGAAGACGCCAGUCCUAUAGAGCUAAGAACGUUCACAUAACCAAGAAGUCAUACACCGAGGUGAUCCGGGAUGUGAUCAACGUGCACAUGGAGGAGCUGAGCAGCCACUGGCAGGAGGAGCAGGAGAAGGAGGCGGACGGGGCGGACAAGAGUGAAGAAAGACGAUCGGCCUCAGUGGACUCGAGGCAGUCCGGGGGCAGCCACCUGGACGGCGAGUGUUCACGGCAUAGACGGGACCGAAGUCGGAGCCCACACAGACGGAAAAGAAACAAGGACAAGGACAGAAGCUGGGGCUCCAGGAGAAGGAAGGAGAGGGAUGGGGAAAGACAUCACAGUCACAAAAGAAGGAAGCAAAAAAUGUAGAGCGGAGUGUCUGUGCACAUGGUAAUUAGGCCUGGGCCCCAGAAACCAGUAUGCUGGCGUCUGCCAUUGCCUUCAGUAGGAGCACGUGCUUCUGUCAGCCGUUCCGUGCUCAUAUCCUCAUUUUUCAAUAAACGCCUCUCAAACCACAAGAACGUGA